UAUGAGAAACAAAGACAAAUUUUUAAAACCGCAAGAGAGCACUAAGAAUUGAUACUGGUGUUCUCUUUUGCUUUCCUUGUAUAAGCCCAAAAAAAAGUGUUCUCUCCUGUUGUCAUUAUGCCUUCUUAUUCAAACUUAAGCUCGCCAACUGGUCCACCUUUUUCCUUAUUAUCCACAAUCAAAGAGGUAUUUCAUCGUGUUGUUAGAAUCCUAUCCCAGUUUAGGCCUUGUUCUGUGGCUAAUUCUCUUAUUUUACCAAUUACUAGAUCGUCAUCUCUACCAACUUCUAGUGCCAUUACCAGAAUGAGGUUUUACACUGCUUCUUAUCAGUGGAGAUGCCAAGCAUUGGAUUGCAUACCACUUUACAUAAAUUAUUCAGAAAUUGAAAUGCACAGCUAUCAACCGAGGCCUCCAGUAAGUCUUGGUAAGACCAUUUUGAGUUUAUCAUUCCAGAUAGUUGUUGCCUUGGCUCCGUCAUCUUCUAUGGGGCAAGCUCAUCAUCUGCUCCCCAUUGACUUCGUCAAAAUUUCUAUGAUCAUGGCCUUCGCAGCUUCUUUCAGUGGGAUUUUCCUGCGCAGUUCCUACCCAAAAAUGGCCAAUAUUAUUGAGAAUAUAGGAUCUCUUAUUGCUGCAGUUGGUUUUUUCAUAAUGACUAGCAUUUUCCUCCCUGGUAAUUUUUCCUGGGUUAAUUGGCUAGCUUGCGCAUUUUCCUUGCUCGCCUUUUUCUCCUCGCUGGCCGGUCCCAAGCCCGGAUAAAGGAGGAGGGUCAUGCUUAGGUACAAAGCCUUGAGAAGAAGAAUUCAUCAACCAAGUAGUUGCAAGAAACCUGUUCAGUUGAAGUGGUAUUUGCUGCAACAUAUUUGAGCAUCGGUUUCUACAUUGUGAAGCAUCAGAAACUCUGAGAUGCAUCAAACUGGAAAGUUGAGAACCUGCUGAAAUUAGCAAGUAGUUAUGAAUUGUCCCAUGAUGGAGGAAAGGCCAUUCAGUUUUUACUCAAAAGUGUUCAUCAAACGAUCUGGAUGUUGCCAAUUGCCAGGCAUUGGUUCAGUACCUGAACCAAUUUGAGGACUUAAUCUGACCAAAUUGGAAGAUGUAUGGACCAGGUACUUCAUCAUUUAUUGGUCAAAAAUAGAUCAGAAAAUUUGUCCAAAUUCAAUGUAAUUUAUUUUCUUUCUCUUUUUCUUUUUUAAUUUCGAGUACCUCUGUAAAUACACAGUUGAGAAAUGUUGAAUGAGUCAACCAAUUUGGUCCGAAACUUAGGCCAACAAAAGCCAUUGUAAGUAGUCAGAGUUUGCCUAAUUUAUACUAAAACUUGUGCAACU